UGUAAUUUCAACAACUCUAGGUCAGUGUAUUAUAGGGGUUUGCGAGGGGUCACAUAUAGAAUCCCUCUUCUCGAACAGCAUAGAUCAGUUGACAUGAUUCUCUCUCAACAGGCGGAGACGAGAGCUAUGGCGGAAGGAAGAGAAAAUAUAGUGAUGUUUCCCUUCAUGGCACAAGGUCAUACAAUCCCAUUUCUGGCUUUAGCUCUUCAUAUAGAGAAGAAGAAGGGCUACAGCAUCACCUUUGUCAGCACGCCUCUCAACAUCAAGAAACUCCGGUCUGCAAUCCCUCCAACCUCCUCCAUUCGCCUCCUUGAAAUCCCUUUUUGCAGCUCUGAUCAUGGCUUCCCUCCCAACACCGAGAACACCGAUGUCCUCCCUUAUUAUCGCAUCAUUGAUUUCCUCCAUGCUUCUUUGUCUCUGAAACCUGCUUUUAGAGAGCUGAUUUUGAACCUUAUCAAUGAGCAACAUGGCUGUCCGCCGCUGUGUAUCAUUGCAGACAUAUUCUUUGGUUGGACUGCUGAUGUUGCCAAGGAGUUGGGUGUCUUUCAUGCUAUUUUCAGUGGAGCUGGGGGGUUCGGAUUGGCAUGCUACUACUCUAUUUGGGGCAGCCUUCCUCAUAGGAAUGCCGAUUCUGAUGAGUUUCUGCUGCAUGAUUUUCCUGAAGCUUCGAGGAUUCAUGUGACACAGCUGCCUAAGAAUAUGUUAGAUGCUGAUGGAACUGAUUCUUGGUCAGUAUUUCAGGGAAAAAAUCUUCCUAGAUGGUUUAAUUCUGACGGGGUUUUGUUUAACACAGCGGGGGAGUUUGAUAAGAUCGGGUUGGAGUAUUUUAGGCGCAAGCUUGGCCGUCCGGCUUGGCCAGUUGGGCCAAUUCUUCUGUCCAUGGAAGGUCAAGCUCGAUCGGGAAGAGAAUCAGGAAUCACCUCUGAGCUUUGCAACAAAUGGCUUGAUGCAAAACCUGCAAAUUCAGUCUUAUACAUAGCAUUUGGAUCGCAGAAUACUAUUUCGGGUUCACAGAUGAAGCAAUUGGCGAUGGCGUUGGAGGACAGCGGCACAAACUUCAUCUGGGUUGUUAGGCCUCCAUUGGGCUUUGACAUAAACUCAGAAUUCAAGGCCGGAGAGUGGCUCCCUGAAGGCUUCGAACAACGGAUUCAAGACCAGAAAAGAGGGUUACUGGUUCAUAAAUGGGCACCUCAGCUGGAGAUUUUGUCCCACAAAUCAGUUUCUGCAUUUUUAACCCACUGUGGUUGGAACUCAGUGCUUGAAGCCCUUAGUCACGGGGUACCCUUGAUGGGAUGGCCAAUGGCGGCCGAGCAGUUCUUCAAUUCCAUGCUUUUGGAGAAAGAGGUUGGAGUUUCUGUGGAGGUGGCCAGAGGGCCUACCUGUGAGGUAAAGCAUGAAGACAUAACAAAGAAGAUUGAGUUGGUGAUGAAUGAGACUGAGAAAAGGAAGGAAAUGAGAAGAAAGGCUUGUGAGGUAAGGGAUAUGAUCAAGGAUGCCACUAGAGAUGACGAAGGUUUUAAGGGGUCCUCUGUGAAAGUCAUGGACGAGUUUUUCAAUGCUGCGUUUUCACAGUGGGGGAGGACCAAGUUGGGACAAAACCAUGAGUAUUAACAGCCAUGAUUAUCUUUAUACUUUAUGUAGACUAAUUUAUAGUCAAAACUGUUUUGCUUUCUGAGAUGCUUCUCUGGUGAACUCCACCACACUUCUCUAGUCUCCAAAUUUAUUAAAAGCAUUUAUCCAUAUGAUAUCCAAAUUACUCGACUACAAUUGCCAAAGCUUGUA